AUGGAGUGGUCAAAGAAGCAAUACAACCAGCAGUACGAGAACUGGAUGCCAUGGAUCGAAGAUAACGUUCUCUACUACUUCACCAAGGACAACAAGGCUUCAUACGCUACUAAAGACCAGCUCAGUAAGACCAAGAUCACCGGCAACGAGCAAGUCGACAACCUUCAAGAUGGUGUGAAUAACCUCGCAGCCGGCCAGGUCGGCCAGGGUGGACUUCUUCAACCCGUCGGUGACCAUGUCUCCAAAGAGGGCAUCAACCGCGCCGAGAGAGGAGGCAAGGACGACAAGGGCACAUAUGCUGGUGCAAUGGGCUCCAGUGCUCAGGCCGGCGCCAGCAAGAUCAGCGAGGGCGCAAAGGGCGCAGGCAGCUACGUCGGAAGCUUCUUCGGCGGCAAGAAGGAGGAGAAG